AUGAUUAAGAAUAUUGCUAUUGCCUUGCUGGUCUUGAUUUCAUUGUAAAGUGCAUAAGCUGUUAUUGGAGUUGACAUUUCUCAGUCUUUUAGCAAUUUCUAGUGCUUGAAAAACCAGGGAAUUAAAUUUGUUAUCGCAAGAGCUUACAUGAGUUAUGGGGCAGUUGACACUAAAAACGUUUAAACUUUAUAAAAUGCUAAAUCUGUCGGCCUCAUUACUGAUAUUUAUCACUUCCCUUGUGUAGGUAAAGUAAGUCCUCAAGCAUAAGCCUAAGCAACCAUUAAUUCGUUUGGUUCUUUGUAUGGUACUGUCUGGAUAGAUGUUGAGUCUAAUCCUUCUUCUGGCUGUGGCUGGACUUCCAACAUUCACACUAACUGUUAAUUCUUGGUAGAUUUAGUCCAUGCUUAUCAAUCUCACGGUAAAUUAGUUGGUAUUUAUAGUUCUCAAUAUUAAUGGACAAGUAUUUUUGGAGCUGCUGGUAACUGUCCCUACUUCACUAGUCUUCCUAUAUGGUAUGCACACUAUGAUGGAGCUGCUAACUUCAACGACUGGCCUACACAUACAUUCGGUGGAUGGACAAAACCUUCUAUUAAGCAGUACUAAGGAACUACAACUCUCUGUGGUCUCGGAGUGGAUAUGGAUUACUAUUGA